GUGCGGAGGGAACGGGGAAGAGCGAGUAAGAAAUUGUGGCAGAGGUAAACAGCAGAAGUUAUCUGUAGAUCUCAAAGCGAUAUGAUAUAACGACGGACGGGAAAACCUCGUGGAAACAUGUAGACAUUAAUUACGUUCGACACUAGCAGACAAACAUCAUCAAAAAGCGCUGGGCAUGUUCAUGUUUCGAUGUGCCGAGGCUCGAGUCGCAGGUUUUGUUCUACAUUCCUCCCGGCCGACGCGACGCGGUGGGGAACCGCACAACUGAGUAAUGCUUUCACUUUUCCAGCGAGAAAAUGGAUGAAAAAUCCUACUAUAGCCGACUCCUCAUCGCACUGCUGAUGCUCCUGUGUUUCGGCGUUAUUGUAUUACAAUACGUAUGUCCUACGUCCGACUGCCAGUUGCUACACCUGGCAUCAUUGUCCUCGAGACUGGGGAGUCGCGCGCCUGGGGAUCGCAUCAACGGAGCCGGUGCGGGAGAUCCGUACAGCUCAGAAGACGGUGCUUUGGUUCGCUUUGUGCCUCGCUUUAAUUUCACCACCAAAGACCUUAAUCGCGCUGUUGAUUUCAAUAUCAAGGGGGAAGAUGUUAUAGUGUUCCUCCACAUUCAGAAAACAGGGGGGACCACGUUUGGGCGUCACCUGGUCCGCAACAUCCAACUGGAGAGGCCGUGCGAGUGCCAUGCGGGCCAGAAGAAGUGUACUUGCUACCGGCCGGGCAAACGGGACACCUGGUUGUUCUCUCGCUUCUCCACCGGCUGGACCUGUGGUCUCCACGCGGACUGGACGGAGCUCACUAACUGCGUGCCUUCUUACAUGAGCAACCGUGAGUCUCAGGAGAGGCGUGGAAUUCCCAGUAGGAACUACUACUACAUCACGAUCUUGAGGGAUCCAGUGUGGCGGUACCUGAGCGAAUGGAGGCACGUUCAGCGCGGUGCCACAUGGAAGGCCUCUAAACACAUCUGUGAUGGCCGUUUACCCACCCUGACCGAGCUGCCCAGCUGUUACACUGGUGACGACUGGUCGGGCUGCUCGUUGGAGGAAUUCAUGGCGUGUCCUUACAACCUGGCCAACAACAGACAGACCCGUAUGCUGGCAGACCUCAGCCUGGUGGGCUGCUAUAACCUCUCCAUCAUGAGUGAGAGCCAGCGGUGGGUCAUGCUACUGGAAAGUGCCAAACGCAAUCUUCGAAACAUGGCCUUUUUCGGUCUGACAGAAUAUCAACGUAAGACUCAGUACCUCUUCGAGCAAACAUUCCGUCUGGCCUUCAUCGCUCCAUUCACACAGCUCAAUGGCACCCGCGCUGCGAGCGUAGAGGUGGAGCCAGAGACUCAGCGAAGGAUCCGAGAGCUGAACCAGUGGGACGUGGAGCUGUACGAGUAUGCGCGGGACCUUUUCCUGCAGCGAUUCCAGUACGCCAGACAGCAGGAGCACAGGGAGGCCCGUCAGCGACGCCUGCAGGAGAAACGCAAGCUACGUGCCAAGGUGAAGUCUUGGUGGGGGGUGACUGGGAAAGCUGUUUUUAAACCCACCAAGGAGCCAUCGAUGACAGAACAAUAUCCCGCUUUCUCAGAAGAAAAUCAAGUGGAUGCUGGACAAAAGCUGGAGAGUGAGACUAACUGGUUAGAGGAGGAUGACAAUGAAACCAUGCAGGACUAUGUAGAAAAUGUGGAGCAGUGGCGGUAGCGGUAGCCAACAGCUAUUUGGGAAGGGGGUUGAACUCAAUAAUGAAUUAGAAAAUGGUGAUUCCAUUUUAUUACUAUGGGCUACCUAUAAUCCUUUUAGCCCAAAUCACUGCUAAAUAUUAGCACGUACGGGUUUGUUAAUUGCGGGUUGCUCUUUUUCUGACACAUGAAUUUUGUGGAAUGCACAUCAUAAUUCCUAUAUAUGUAUAUAUAAUGUAUAAUAUCAUAUAUAUAUUAUACAUUAUUUUUGUUGAUUCAUAGCUCCAGUUCACUGUCAAGUAUCAUAUUUUAAAUUAUCGUCUUGCUGCCUGACCUCUCUUGUGAAUUCUGAAUCCCAUACCCACUCUGCCCUUGAGAGAGACUCAAGGUUGCAGGUAGAUCAUCUCUUCAAUUAAUGUACUGAAAAUCACUAUGGGUGAAAAGCAAAUACAUAGCUUAAAAACUUAUCGUUAAAGCCAAAGAAUGGAAUGAAACGUUUUCUGACCUUGCUGUUCUGAGGAAGAAGCUGGUGGCAGCCCAUUUUUAUUUUAUAUACCAGUAAUGCAAGAUUUCAAAGUAUUGCCUUUUUUUUUUUCAAGUGACCUCAACAGUCACAAUCCCAUGCACAUUAUGUUGCCUUUUGUUGAAGAUGUCCAAGAAUUGUCUUUUGGGUUAUUUUUUGAAGGUGUUUUAUAUUAAAUGUAUUUCUUUCUCAUUCCUUUUAUUUAUAUGUUUUCUAAUAGGAUCACAUGAUAUGGGAUGGUUCAUGGUACGUGAAAAAAAAACAAAAAACUUUGUCAAUUA